GUUGGCAGCGCACACUGCUCCCGCGCUCCAUGCCAGCGCCUCUCAGCUGCGCUCCUAUUUGUCCACCCGCCUGCUCACGCGCGCACUCCCCAUACACUCCGCCAGGCUGGGUGUGAGGCACGGCAUGGAAUGGAAUCUCAGAAGGAUGGAGAGUGAACUGAGACAGAUCAAUCCGGACUUGCUGCAGCCCAGCAAGAGCUUUAAGAAACCUUCCUCCGGCACCAUCACCAUCAACGUGGGGGGCUACCUGUACGCUGCGCAGCGCCAGACCCUGGCCAAGCAUCCCGGCUCUCUGCUGGAAGAGAUGGUCACGGGGAAGAAGCCUGUGGUGCAUGUGGACUCCAUGGGCAACACCUUCAUCGACCGCGAUGGGCCCAUCUUCCGGCACGUUUUGAAUUUCUUGCGAAUGGGCGAGCUGGUGCUUCCCGAUGACUUCAAGGAAGCCGGGCUGCUCCGACGCGAGGCCAACUUCUACCGGCUGAGCGAGCUGGCCCAAGCCCUGCAGGACUGGGAGCAGCAGCAGGCCACGCAGCACGAACCUGCCUUCCUGGAGGUGACGGACAGCCACGAGCGCUCGCAUGGUCUGAGGGUCUACUGCAGCGACAGCACCUUCAUCGAGAAGGUGAAGAACCGCCUGGUGCAGAUUUCCAAGAGCCGUUUGGAUGACUUUCCGGAAGAGUUCGAGGUGUCGUCCAACAUCAUCCAGUUCCGGCAUUUCAUCAAGUCGGAGCAGGGCUCUCGGCUUGUGCUGAAGCAGGACAGCACGUUUUUGUGUACACUAGAGUGUCUGAAGCUGGAGACGGUGAUGCUCGCUCUCAAAGGAGGCUUUCGCCUGCUCACCAGC